AUGAGAUCACUUUUAAAGAACCACCUCUGGAAAAAAGGAGCUAGCGACAGUUAUCAAGGGCCCUUUUCCAUCACAGAUAAGGUCAGCGAUGUUAUUUAUGGGAGUUCCGGACAUUACUUUUGCCUUUAUUUAGUAAUUUACAGGGUCUUUCAAGAAACGUGAAGGAAAGUCGUGGAUAUAACUCCGGCGGAGGCGGCGCAAAGACUUCGUUUUUGGAAUAUGUAUUCAACUUUGCUUCACAUUUCUGAAGAGUCCCUGUAUACAGGCUGCAUUACGUAUUUUUAUAAAAUCGCCUUCAUUAUUACCCUUUUGUUUUCGUAUUCAGUCAAUAUACUUCAACGGUAGUGUAAACGCUGUUUCGGAACGUUGGUUUUGUUCCCUGAAAUUUGUGUUUGACAUAAUUUGAGUAAAAUUUCGUUUAUAAUAAUAAUUUAUUUUCAGUGCACCGUGCACCUAGAUUUAUACUUUUAAUCGUUUUAAAACGGUUUUUUGAUUGAUAGAUUGUGAUUUAAUCCCGUUAUCGUCCCCUGGGGUCAUAAAAAUACCUUAAAUUCUCCAAGAGAGUAACUUUCCGAACAACAGUAGUUACAGUAACCCACACAAAGAGAGUCGAGUUUUUGGUAGAGUGCACGAGCACCGAGGGUAAUCGCGACCUCCGACCUCUGCCUCCAUCCUGUUCAGCGACCAUGAAAGGCUUUUAAGGCUUGUGUAUCCUGUUUUCUAUCACUUUGUAUUGUUUUAGAUGACCAAAAAUAAUAAAAUCGCUCCGAUGGAGCUGAAGCCGGAGAAGAAGGGGUUCUAUCCGAACAUGUACACGUCUACCGAUACUAUCCAGAGUAACUUUGAUGUAUCAACCGCAACUGUCGUCUCCUCAGAACCCCCAGAAAAACGAGCCGGAGGGCUGAGUGCAAAAUCAACGUUGAUCAAUUUCGUUAAGGUAAAUAUUUUGAGUGCAGAUUUAUGAUCAACAAACACGCGAGGAUAUUUCUGUUGCGCAACCAUUACUGGAUCCUUUUGAAAUCAUUUACAAUUUUAAAUGGUUCCUAUUAAUAGAAAGUUAAGUAAAUAACCCAUUUCAGGGAAUGAUCGGGCCUGGAUGUCUCAGUCUUCCCAUCGCAUUUCAUCAAGCUGGUCUUUGGGUAAGUCCAAGAAGUAAAACAAGUUCUAUUUAAAUUGUGCCUAUAAUAAAAAUUUAUAAUUCCGAUUACUUUUUUCAGACAGCCUUAAUUCUGAUUUUUGCCUUUGGAUUUCUCAACAACUAUUGCAUGUUACAACUAGUCGAAUGCUCUCAAAAACUUUCCAAGAAGUAAGCCUUACAGCAUUAAUGUCGUGAUUUAAAUAAUCAACAAAUAUUUAUGCUAACCUAGCAAAAGCUGCAUUUUUUUAGACGAGGAAAGGUUCUGGAUUACGGAGGAGUCUCCUAUCACGCUUGUUCUCACAGUUUUCCCUUCAUCCGGCCUUAUAACAAUGUCUUUAGGUAAGGAAAACAAGCCCUUUGGCAACUACUCUUCAGAAAUAUAACCAACGGAGUCAUAAUUUUAUUACAACUCGGAAUCUGCAGUGUAUUUUAUGUCUUCGUCGCAUCUCACGUGAAAGAGGUAAACGAUUUAAUCAAUCGGAACUUUCGCCUAUCAUUUAUUUACAUCAUUUUUAUCGAGUUUUUACAAAUACUUGGAAUCUGUUCCUUCGAUGAUUUCCGCGUUUCAAUAUUGAAAGAUUUUUGUCACAGCGCAGAAUUCAUAAUCUGCGUCCCACAAACUCUCAUGCACGGUGCAAGAAAGCAUAAGUUCUUGUUUUUUGCACAGUGCGAAGAAAAAAGCGCAAUAAACUCGCGCAGUAAAAAUCAUCAAAAAAGUUUCGUGUUUCGUGCACGACAGUUUCGCGCGUUAUCGGUUUUAGUGCCGCAAAACUGUGCGCACAAAAAAUGCCAAAUGUGGGGCGAAAGUGAAUCGCACUGUGGAAACAUUUAUGAAAGAUGGCAGAGGUAAAAUGGGAGGGAAUUAAGUGCAAUAAAACACAACAAUAAGAAAAAAAUAAGCUAAUAAAUUUUUAGCUGUUUGAUGACAACAGCGACAUUCGACUCAGCCCGACCAUCUGGUCGUUACUGGUCCUCUUCCCCAUGAUUAUUGUAAAUCUCCUGAGGACAUUAAAGAUGAUUGCGAUUUUAAGUGUGGUCGGGAACAUCUGUAUGAUCUCUUGUCUGAUAUUCAUUAUGCAGGUCAGUUGCAAUCCCACUAACAUCAACCAUCAAUUAGUAAUCACAACUUAACUUUGAAAUUUCAGUAUCUGGUCAGAAAGCCUUUAAUGAUUACCGAAUUGCCUGGAAUUACCAACUUUGAUGGGAUUUUGAUGGCAUGUGGAUCUAUCUUAUAUUCAUUUGAAGGUCAAGCGAUGGUAAGUCCAGCUGAAUUUUUAAAAUAUAUUUGCAGGUACUCCCCAUGGAGAACAAACUGAAGAGGCCGGCCUCCAUGAUCGGGCCUUUUGGCGUUCUCUCGGUAGGAAUGACUAUUGUCACCUUUGUGUAUGCUGCUUGUGGGUUCUUUGGUUAUGCCGUUUACGGGAACAAUGUCCAAGGAAGUAUUACUCUGAAUCUCCCCAACGAGACUGCUUUUACGGGAGUCAAGGCACUUCUCAUCUUUGUCAUAUAUUCAGGCUUUGUGAUCCAGCAAUAUGUGAUUGUAGACAUGGUGUGGCCUCGGUUAAAGAAGGUCAUUCAUCUCGAUCAUCUCAGUUAUUGGCCCGACUUCUUGUGUGAGGCCAUCUUUAGGACACUUCUGGUACUCAUUGAGUGUAAGUUUGUGGCCAUAGAGUUCCAGGCAGUUUGGGUUAACGAUAUAUUUUUAUAUGACAUAUAAAAAUAUAUCGUACAUUGUAAUCAAUCGAGCUGAUUUCGAAAAUCACAUGCAUUUUUUGAAAUUUAAAUUUUAUUUUACAGAGAAAUGGAAAAUGUAAUUUUUUCUAAAAAUAUAAAGAUGGUGACAUACAAAUCAAAUCGGGUUUCGUGGCCAGAAACCGCCAUUUCUUGUCUGUUAGGCUUCUAGACCAGAAAUGUGUAAUUCUUGUCUGAAAUUGCGUAACAUUGCGCAAUAUUGCGCAAAUUUCUGCUCUCUCCCCGUGAAGAUUUUUUUCUUUUUUUCUCUGCUCAGACAAGAAUUGCGCAUUUCUUGCCUAGAGGCCUAACAGACAAGAAAUGGCGGUUUCCGGCAACGAAACCCGAUUUGAUUUGUAUGUCGCCAUCCUUAUGUAUAUUGUAUUUUCUGGCCAGAAAUUUCUGGGGUUUCAAUCAUACUGAUUAUGAAAUCAUGAUUAUUUUUUUUUCUGAUUUUACAACCAUCCAAAAAAGUUCUUCCAUUACUUUUAGAAAAAAUGAAAAUUACAUUUUUACAUUACUCUGUAAAAUAGAAAUGUGAGUAUCAGAAAAUAUGGAUACGAUUUGCAAAAUCGACACCAUGGAAUACCCAUAAAUACACUGCUUUCAAAAAAAUAUUGCUUAAGAAAAAAGUAUAGAGCAGAAAAAAUAAACAUAAUGAUCGAAAUCAGCACCGUCGAUUAUAUGUGAAAAUGUAUUGUAGACCCAACGUGUCGUUGACCUGAACUGUCGCGAGCUGUCCCUGAUACGAAAGCCGUAGCGCCCCAUGUUUCAGUCUAAUUUCUUCUCUUUCUACCACAUUAGUCAUUAUGUAUCUUAAUUUUAGUUGUAAUGGCGAUAGCUGUUCCCAAAUUGGAAGAUAUAAUUCCCUUGGUUGGAGCGACGGCUGGGAUGUUACUGGCGUUCGUAUUCCCCGCCAUUAUCGACACUCUGACAUUCGGGCCGGAACUGGUAGAAAGUGUCCGGAAAGACCCUUCCCAGCGACCUCAACUCUACCUCCGAUUCGCUCGGAAUGGUGCGCUGGUUCUGCUAGGAAUCUUCGGCCUGAUAGCCGGCUUCCAGUCCAAUAUUCGCGGCCUUCUCGCCUCCAAAGAAUAA